CUUUAAGCCAUUACAUCCGGCAGCACGGGUCGUGCCGGAUGUCCAUCACCAGGGGCGGCUUCAUGUUUGUUCAGUACAGCUUCGGGUUCCCGCUCGACUCCUCGCUCAGGCCCGCCGUCGACCUCAUCAUUUACCGUCUGAAGGAACUUGGCCUGCUGGAGAAGCUGCUACAGUCCGGGACGGGGAACACCACCUACUGCCUCCAGCCCCCGGGCCGCGAGAACCUCUCAGACCUGCGCACUCUGGCCGUUGGCGACUUCCUGGGCGUCUUCACCCUUUAUGCCGCCGGUAUGGUGGCGUGCGUGGCGGCCUUCCUGCUGGAGGUGGUGUGGGGCCGCCGCCCCCCUCGGGCCUCACAGGUGACAUCACCCACCAACCACUUGGCGAAUACUGCUGAACCCUUGUUUGAUUGAUUGAUGAAGAUUAAGCCACGCAAAAGGUGGCACGGGCAUGAUUAGCCCGUAAGUGGUGGCCCUUUGGAACCAUUACCAGUAUCAUUAGCUGAUACUGGAGAUCUGUGGAGGUGCGACUGCACCCUACGGAGAGGAGGUGACUUCUGCUUGUUUGAUUAAUUAAAUGAUAAGGAUUAAGCCACCCAAGAGGUGGCACGGGCAUGAAUAGCCCGUAAGCCCUUGUUUGGUGUUGCUGAUUCACUUCAAUCAACCCCGAGGGAGAAGGGGUUAUUAAGGCCACCAUAGUUGCUUAUACUGCCCCUGAUGUUACUUGAAAACGAGGCAUUUACAAAUAACAUCAAUUUUUGCUUUUUAAUCAUAUCUAAGAAUAUUUGGUGAAGUUUUUCUUUUUCCUUAGAAGGUAAUAAUCAAGUAACAAUAUUGACUACAUUAGGCGUCCACGAGGCUACGACAUUUUUCAGAAUCCAAUUUAGCCAGAUUUGUCUAUUUUAAUUUAUUUAAACUAAU